AUGGCUGGGGACAGGCUCCCACGCAAGGUAAUGGAUCCAAAGAAGCUGGCCAGCCUCCUGAGGAACGGAGCGGAGGGCACCCUGGUCAUCGACAGCCGCUCCUUCGUGGAGUACAACUCCUGGCACGUCCUCAGCUCUGUCAAUAUCUGCUGCUCCAAGCUUGUCAAGAGGAGGCUGCAGCAGGACAAGGUCUCCAUCACGGAGCUCAUCCAGCCCACCUCCAAGAUGAAGGUGGAGGCAGAGGAGCACCAGGACGUGGUGGUCUAUGACCAGAGCACGCGGGACGUGACCGGCUUGGCUGCCGACAGCUUCCUUUCCAUCCUCCUGGGCAAACUGGACAGUUGUUUCCACAGCGUCUCCAUCCUCACAGGAGGCUUUGCCACCUUCUCAUCCUGCUUCCCAGGGCUCUGCGAGGGGAAGCCAGCUGCCAUCUUGCCGAUGAGCAUCUCCCAGCCAUGCUUGCCCGUGGCCAACGUCGGCCCCACACGCAUCCUGCCGCAUCUCUACCUGGGCUCCCAGAAAGAUGUCCUAAACAAGGACUUGAUGACACAGAAUGGGAUAAGCUAUGUCCUGAACGCCAGCAACUCCUGUCCCAAGCCAGACUUCAUCUGUGAUAGUCACUUCAUGCGCAUUCCUGUCAAUGACAACUACUGUGAGAAGCUGCUUCCCUGGCUGGACAAGUCCAUUGAAUUCAUUGACAAGGCCAAGGUGUCCAGCUGCCAGGUGAUUGUGCACUGCUUGGCCGGGAUCUCCCGAUCAGCCACCAUUGCCAUCGCCUACAUCAUGAAGACCAUGGGUAUGUCGUCAGAUGAUGCUUACAGGUUCGUUAAGGACCGUCGCCCAUCCAUCUCACCCAACUUCAACUUCCUGGGCCAGCUCCUGGAGUAUGAGAGGAGCCUGAAGCUCCUCAAGGCCCUGAAGUCAAAGGGUGACCGGGGUGAGGGGGACGCCCAGCAGGACCCAGCAGAGGUGGCUGAGGGCAGCCGGCACCCCCCACCACCUACCUCAGAGAAGGCCGAGGAGGUGCCAAGAAGCGCUGGCUCGGCAUCCCCCCACGGUGACACUGAGCGGCAAGGUGGGACCCCGAAGGUCCUGUCACCCACCACCCUGCAGCAGGGGCUCAACGGCUUGCACCUCUCCUCCGAGCGCAUCCAGGACACCAACCGCCUGAAACGCUCCUUCUCCCUGGACAUCAAGUCUGCCUACUCCCCCGGCCUGCGGCAGGACCCACCUGGACCCCCCGGCCCCGGGGACGCCCCCAAACUCUGCAAGCUAGACAGCCCCUCAGGCCCCGGUGGCCUUGGCCCCUUCAUCAGACUGAGGGACAAGGCACGGGCCGAGCCGCGGGAUGGGCGGCACAGCUGGCACGAGGAGGCCGGCGCCGAGAAGCAGUUCAAGCGGAGGAGCUGCCAGAUGGAGUUUGAGGAGACCAUGUCCGAGGGCAGGGCCCGGGAAGAGCUGGGCAAAAUCGGCAAACAAUCCAGCUUUUCGGGCAGCAUGGAGAUCAUCGAGGUAUCCUGA